GAUGCUGAGCUGCAUUCCCAUCAUUCUAUGAGGAGAGGAGUAUCCCCCUGCGCACCCACAACGGAGGAAACGCAGAGUAAUAAGAAAACAUAGAAUAAUCCAAGUAGAGCUUCAUAUCUGCAACCAUGUCCGCUGGAGGAGAUUUGGGGAACCCUCUGAGGAAAUUUAAACUCGUAUUUUUAGGAGAGCAGAGCGUGGGGAAAACAUCUUUGAUCACUAGGUUCAUGUACGACAGCUUCGACAACACAUAUCAGGCAACCAUUGGGAUUGACUUUCUAUCAAAGACAAUGUACCUGGAAGACCGAACAGUAAGGCUGCAGCUGUGGGAUACUGCUGGACAGGAGCGUUUCAGGAGCCUCAUUCCCAGCUACAUACGAGACUCUACAGUAGCUGUGGUUGUUUAUGACAUUACAAAUGUGAACUCAUUCCAGCAGACCUGCAAAUGGAUUGAUGAUGUCAGGACAGAGAGAGGAAGUGAUGUCAUCAUCAUGCUUGUGGGCAACAAGACAGAUCUGGAGGAGAAGAGGCAAAUCACGAUUGAGGAGGGAGAGCAGAGAGCCAAAGAGCUGAACGUCAUGUUCAUCGAGACCAGUGCCAAGACAGGCUGCAAUGUCAAACAGCUGUUUCGUCGUGUUGCAGCAGCCCUACCUGGAAUGGAAAGCUUGGACGAUGCAAAUCCUGAAGGCAUGAUUGACAUCAAGCUGGACAAACCAGCAGAACCUACCGUCCCCGAGGGCGGGUGCUCAUGUUAAUGCAGAGCUGCUAUUGGACAGCUCUCUUCACACCAUAGGCUUGUUGUGUUGCUUACUACUGGUUAGCUUCCAGUUGACUUCUCUAAUUGGAUAUGGGAUCUGGGCCUUGUAUCUGAUUGGAUAAAUCAAAUGUUAUCUUUCAGUCUUGUUCAGUUGUAAAAUAUUGUAUACUUUGUCAAUAUGUAAGUGACCAGAGGAAAAAAAAAAAAAACAAGAAAAAAAAAAGAUACACCAAGCUGAAUGAAAACAAACAAAAAAGAGUUUUGGAAAAUGUCAAAGGGAGAAAAAUGGGACAACAAAUGGAAUUCUUUUCGCUGUUAUGUUUUGUAUUUUUUAUAUAUAAAAAGGGAAAGUACCAAAAAUGAUGCCUAACCAUAAAGGGAGAAAUAGUGGGAUCAGCCAUUUUCCAAGAUGGCCGAACACAUCUGAAUGUCUGCAGCACGCAUGCACGCUGAUCUGAUCUUUGACCUUUGACCUGCCCUCCGGGGUCUUCACACCCCUGGAUGAAGGUUGACUAUCUUAGAAUGUUUUAUAGCAUCUCUCUAUAGCAUCUCAUGACAAACGUAUCUCAUUUGAUAUUCCCACAAGAGUCAACUUACAGUAGGUUCACCUAACAGUAGCUGUGAAAAUGUGGCACUCUAUCUCUCUAUGGGUUUAACUUUUAUAGAACAAACUGUACUGUGGUUAAAAAAAAGAAAAGAAGUAAUAAAAAGACAAC